AUGGGUAUCAAAGGGCUUACAAAGCUCAUCGGCGACAACGCCCCACGCGCCAUCAAGCAGCAGGAUGCCAAAGCGCUGUUCGGCCGCAAGGUCGCCAUCGACGCCUCCAUGUGCAUCUACCAGCUGUUGGUUGCCGUGCGCAUGGGCGCCGACAACCUGACCAAUGAGGACGGCAUGGUCACAUCGCACCUCAACGGCCUCUUCUACCGCACCAUCCGUCUCAUCGAGCUGGGCAUCAAGCCCAUAUUCGUCUUCGACGGCAAGCCCCCGUCCAUGAAGGGCGGCGAGCUUGCCAAGCGCGCCGAGGCGAAGAAGGCCGCCGAGGAGGCCGCCAAGAAGGCCGAGGAGGACGGCAACCUCGAGCUCGCCGAAAAGUUUGCCCGCCGCGUCAACCGCAUCACCCCCGAGAUGAUGGCCGCGUGCAAGACCCUCGUCCGCGCCAUGGGCGUCCCCGCCGUCGAGGCCCCCUGCGAGGCCGAGGCCCAGUGCGCAGAGCUGGUCAAGCACGGCCUGGCGUACGCCACCGUCAGCGAGGAUAUGGACUCGCUCACGUUUGGCACCAACAAGCUCGUGCGCCAGCUAUGGUCCGGCGUCAGCGCGUCCGCGCAGAAGAAGGGGCACACGCCUACCGAGUUUUCGCUCGACGUCCUGCUGGAGGACCUCGACUUAAAGAUGCAUGAAUUUGUUGACCUGUGCAUUUUGUGCGGUUGCGAUUACGUCGACGGCAUUAAAGGCGUCGGCGUCGUCAAGGCCCUCAGCUUGAUGCGCGAGCACAAGGACCUGGCCAAGGCGGUCGAGGCGCUCAAGCGCUUGGACAGGUACGAGGUGCCGGACCCGUACCCCGUGGACGCAUUGCGGGAGAUGUUUUUCAAGCCCGAGAUCACGGCUGCUAAGGAUGUGUCUUUGAAGUGGGGUAAACCGGAUGAGGCGGCCAUCAAAAAAUUGAUGGUCGAGGACAACCAGUUCGAUGAAACGAAGAUUGCCAACGGGAUCAAGCGGCUAUUGUUGGCUCGCAAGACGUCCAACCAGGUCCGGGUCGACUCUUUUUUUAAGCCUAAGAGCGCUCCAAAUGCGGGUGCUCUCGCAGCAAAGCGUAAGGCCGCGGCGCUUGCGGCAAAGUCAAAGGGGAAGAAGAGGCGGAGUCCGGGGUUGUCAAAAGGGAAGAUUAUGAAGAAGGGCAAGUUGGGGAACAAGUAGAUGUGUUGUAAAUAGUGUGACUCACUUCAUCCUUACACCUAAAAUUUUCUUUAAUUUUCAAAAAUAAUUCUUCGUU